CUGGACCGCGCCGAGCCGCACACAGCCAUCCAUCCUCCCUUUUCCCUCUCUCCCCGGUCCUCCCUUCUCCGCCGCGGGCCAGGGAGGCACCGACCGCCACCAUGAGUUCCUUCAGCUACGAGCCGUACUACUCGACCUCCUACAAGCGGCGCUAUGUAGAGACGCCCCGGGUGCACAUCUCCAGCGUGCGCAGCGGCUACAGCACCGCGCGCUCCGCUUACUCCAGCUACUCUGCACCGGUCUCCUCCUCGCUGUCCGUGCGCCGCAGCUACUCGUCCAGCUCCGGCUCUUUGAUGCCGAGCCUGGAGAACCUCGACCUGAGCCAGGUAGCCGCCAUCAGCAACGACCUCAAGUCCAUCCGCACGCAGGAGAAGGCGCAGCUCCAAGACCUCAACGACCGCUUCGCCAGCUUCAUCGAGCGCGUGCACGAGCUGGAGCAACAGAACAAGGUCCUGGAGGCCGAGCUGCUAGUGCUGCGCCAGAAGCACUCCGAGCCGUCCCGCUUCCGGGCCCUGUAUGAGCAGGAGAUCCGCGACCUGCGCCUGGCGGCGGAAGACGCCACCAACGAGAAGCAGGCGCUCCAGGGCGAGCGCGAAGGGCUGGAGGAGACCCUGCGCAACCUGCAGGCGCGCUACGAAGAGGAGGUGCUGAGCCGGGAGGACGCCGAGGGGCGGCUGAUGGAAGCGCGCAAAGGCGCGGACGAGGCAGCGCUCGCCCGCGCUGAGCUCGAAAAGCGCAUCGACAGCCUGAUGGACGAAAUCGCUUUUCUGAAGAAAGUGCACGAAGAGGAGAUCGCCGAGCUACAGGCGCAGAUCCAGUACGCGCAGAUCUCGGUGGAGAUGGAUGUGUCCUCCAAGCCCGACCUCUCCGCCGCGCUCAAGGACAUCCGCGCUCAGUACGAGAAGCUGGCCGCCAAGAACAUGCAAAACGCCGAAGAGUGGUUCAAGAGCCGCUUCACCGUGCUGACCGAGAGCGCCGCCAAGAACACCGAUGCCGUGCGCGCAGCCAAGGACGAGGUGUCCGAGAGCCGCCGCCUGCUCAAGGCCAAGACCCUGGAAAUCGAAGCGUGCCGGGGCAUGAACGAAGCGCUGGAAAAGCAGCUACAGGAAUUGGAGGACAAGCAGAACGCCGACAUAAGUGCUAUGCAGGACACAAUCAACAAAUUAGAAAAUGAAUUGAGGACCACAAAGAGUGAAAUGGCAAGAUACCUGAAAGAAUACCAAGACCUCCUGAAUGUGAAGAUGGCUUUGGAUAUUGAAAUUGCAGCCUAUAGGAAACUCUUGGAAGGAGAGGAGACCCGGCUCAGUUUCACCAGCGUAGGAAGCAUAACCAGUGGCUACUCCCAGAGCUCCCAGGUUUUCGGCAGAUCUGCCUAUGGCGGUUUACAGACCAGCUCCUAUUUGAUGUCCGCCCGCUCCUUCCCAUCCUACUACACCAGCCAUGUCCAGGAAGAGCAGAUUGAGGUAGAGGAGACCAUAGAGGCUGCGAAAGCUGAGGAAGCCAAGGACGAACCCCCCUCUGAAGGAGAAGCUGAAGAGGAGGAGAAGGAGAAGGAAGAGGGUGAGGAGGAGGAGGGAGCCGAAGAAGAAGAAGAAGCUGCCAAAGAAGAAUCCGAAGAAGCAAAGGAGGAAGAGGAAGAAGGAGGUGAAGGAGGUGAAGGCGAGGAAGGAGAAGAAACCAAAGAAGCUGAAGAGGAGGAGAAAAAAGAGGAAGGUGCUGGGGAGGAACAAGCAACCAAGAAGAAAGAUUGAACCCCUCCCUUUCCUUAAUGAUUCCAGGAAUAAUUCUCCCCAAAUCAGGUCAACCCCAUCACCAACCAACCAGUUGAGUUCCAGAUCCUAUAUGAAUUAAGAAGUCACUAUAUGUAUAAUUCUGAGAUGACUUAGGUUGGACAUUCAAUGUUGUGCUAUGAAUUUUCUCCUUAUGCAGAGUAUCGUUUGCUUGCAGAGUGGCUUUCUGGCUUGCCGCCAGCCUGUGCAUGGUUCACGCUUUUGAGUUCAGGAUCUAUGGCAAUGUGAAUCAUUCAGAUGUUUACAAUAAAAACACAACUUGAAUAAAUGAAUUCACUAAUGUUAAUGUUACAACUCCAUGGAAAAAUAGUCCUUUGAACCUUUGGUGGCUAGAAGUUAAGGACCUUGAGUUAUGUGCAAUAAAUAGUAAAUAAAGUUACACUGAAUGA